CAGAAUAACGUCGUUAACUCCAAUACCCUGAUAAGAAGAACCACAAAUUGCUAAAGACAUUCCAUGGGCAGUUAUGUAAUCACGAAUGCGUUUCAUACGUGCGUCGUGUCCAACUAUUUGCUGGGGGAUACAAUCUUUCAAAAUUGAUACGUCAACAUGUACUGGAUCUUGUUUUAAAUUUAAUAUAUUACGCAAUUGUUCCAUUGCUAUGGACACGACCGUAACAGAAGGUAUCGCUUCCAACUCCUGGGCCAGCUCUGGAUGUUGUUUCUUCACGAGCUCAGCAAGAUUUUGAGCUGGAAGACUAGAAAUAAUUUUGUCGAACUUAUGAAGCUUACCAUCAACCUCCACAUCAACUUCUUUAUCCCCGAAGGUCAAAUUAGUGCACUUCUUCAGCUGGAUAUCGACUUUGUCAGCCAAAUGAUCAACCAGUGCACCAGGUAAAGUUUCCAUCCCGUCAGAGAGGGUCCACACUGCCCACUUUUCCUUCUGUGCCAGCAACGCUAAUCUGGAAGAGCCCUUGUGGGUCCUACCUAGCAGCAUAUCAUUUUGUUCUUCCUGCUUUCGCUUAUUAAUGGCCUCCUGGAGCUUGUUGCUCUUCAACAUCCCCUUCAAGACUCCACCAUGCUUCUGCUCAGCCUCAAACAGCGAACGCAUCAGGAAUUUCACGCUUAUUUUUUUAGCGUCUCCUGCGGCUAUUCCGCAGACCAUCGGACUGAUCAUGUAGUCCGCUACAUCCUGGCCCAACCUCCUUUUGACGAAACUGUACAUAUCCUCGUCCUCUUUUUCGACUUUUGGAGCUCUUAACUCUUGCCACAAUGACAUGAUCAGCGGGCGUUUCAUUGGUGACUUGGUGGAAAAUAAAUCCAGGAACGAACUUGGAAGCACGUGAAGCUUUUUGUCGGCAUAAAUGAGCCGGUUCUUGGAUGUAGGGUGUGUCUGUGUUAUUUUUAUCAGCUGAUCUCCUAAGUUUAGCUCUUCAACCAUACGGAGAGUAUUCUUACCGCCCUCUCCAAAGGGUCGCACUGUGCGAGGACCUUUUUCGAAGGUCGCUCCUGAAGGCGAUCGUUUGGUUCGUAUCCAUCCACCGAGGCGCUCACUUGCUUCGAAGAGGGUCAACGCACCUAAUCUUGGGUUUUCUAAGGCGUAAAACGCUGCUGAUAAGCCACCUAUACCACCGCCCAGGAUUGCUGUCAU